GGGAGGGGGAGUGGACAAGCUCAGACCCAAGGAGAGGCUUGGAGAGAGCAGACGUCUUCUGGACUCAAAAGGACGAGGUUCAGCUGUUACAUGACCUCCCAGAAAAAUGGAUAGGAGAAAUGACUACGGUUAUAGGAUGCCCCCGGUCCAGACUCAGGUUGCUGCUGCUGUCCAGGCCCUGGCAGAUGACUACCUGGCUCAGUUGAGUCUGGAGCCUACAACCAGGACCCGGGGCAAGAGGAACCGAAAGUUCAAGCAUCUGAUUGGGCAUGAGAGAGGUGGCCGUAAUUACAGGUGGAAUCCAUGGGGCCAGAGGCCUCCGCCACCCCGAGAUGUGGCCAUUUUGCAAGAAAGGGCAAAUAAGUUGGUGAAAUACCUGUUGGUUAAGGACCAGACAAAGAUCCCCAUCAAGCGCUCAGACAUGCUGAAGGAUGUCAUCCAGGAAUAUGAUGAAUAUUUCCCAGAGAUCAUUGAACGAGCAAGCUACGCUCUGGAGAAGAUGUUUCGAGUCAAUCUGAAGGAGAUUGAUAAGCAAAGUAGCUUGUAUAUUCUCAUCAGCACUAAGGAAUCCUCCGCAGGCAUACUGGGAACAACCAAGGACUCCCCCAAGCUGGGUCUCCUCAUGGUGCUUCUUAGCAUCAUCUUCAUGAAUGGAAAUCGGUCCAGCGAGGCUGUCAUCUGGGAGGUGCUGCGCAAGUUGGGGCUGCGCCCUGGGGUGAGGCACUCGCUCUUUGGGGAAGUGAGGAAACUCAUCACAGACGAGUUUGUGAAGCAGAAGUACCUGGAGUACAAGAGGGUCCCCAACAGCAGACCACCUGAAUAUGAGUUCUUCUGGGGCUUGCGCUCCUACCAUGAGACUAGCAAGAUGAAAGUCCUCAAGUUUGCCUGCAAGGUGCAGAAGAAAGACCCCAAGGACUGGGCUGCUCAGUACCGGGAGGCAGUGGAGAUGGAAGUCCAGGCUGCAGCUGUGGCUGUGGCUGAGGCUGAGGCCAGGGCUGAGGUUUAUGACCCACAUUUACAGAUCCCGCUAAUGCGCUGCAGCAGUCCUCCUUCCCAUGAAGCCAAGGAACGUCCUUGGGAUCUUUGUCCACCCAGCAGUCUGAGCAGAUACUGCCCAUCAGCCGAGGCUGACAUGCUAUGAAAAGUCCAGUUGCCAGUCCUGCUUUCUUGUUCGCUUUCUGUGUGCUGUUGUUGUACUUUGGUAUCAGCGUUCCAUUAAAUUUGCAAAAUGAA